UGUGCAUAUGCAGGCCAAAUUCAUCCAACUGAACACGGGAGCGCUUUUACCAACAAUCAGUCUAGGGACAUGGAAAUCUUCUCGUGUGGAGGUGGGCAAUGCUUUGACAUGUGCACUGAAGGUCGGAUAUCGCCACCUGGACUGUGCACACAUCUAUGGCAACGAAGGCGAAAUUGGCAAAGCAUUAACUGCCGUCUUUGGAACCGGAACUCUGAAGAGAAAUGACAUUUUUGUGACGUCAAAGCUGUGGUUGAACUUCUUUCAUCCUGACGAUGUGCUCGGAGCAUGUCAAACUACAUUGAAAAAUUUGGAGCUCGACUGUCUUGAUUUGUAUCUGGUCACGUGAUCAACUUGUAUCCAAACUUGUGCUAACUAACUUAGGCUUGUGUGCAUUGUUUGUAGGCUCAUUGGCCGAUUGGACUUGCUUUGGAUGCUCCCCCUGCAGGACAAAUUCCUAUGGACCAAAGACCAGGCUGGGAUGUUAAA